AUGUACACCCUAAGUUAUACCAGUUGAAUGAGGAUCAUUUUAUUGGCUGUGUUUUUGGCUACUAAGCUCUGGGAAAGUUGUUCAAAGUCACCUCAAGCUUUUGUUGAUAAGUUGAACAAACUCUUGGCUUAGCUUGAUUUCUUUUUCUCAUGGUGUUGAAUGGUGAUAAGGUAUCAAAUUCAGGGUUUAAACUUUGAUGAUAGGACGGGAAACUGAGAAUCCGGAUCCUCCCCGUCUCCAUCCAUGGGGAUCAAUAGCUCCUUGUAAUCCAAUGACCCUCGUGCAUUUUAAGAGAAUCCUAUGUUAGAAAGCAGGUUUCAUCCAUGGAGCAUUAUCCUCUCAAGGCAAGGCUGAAUGGGAUCGUGGGUUGUGAGCAGAGCAUUGUCCCCCUUGAAAGAGUUACACUACUGACAGCUCUGAGAGAGUUGCCAACUAGAAGCUUAGAAACAAAAAACUACUAAAACUGCAUGCUUUAGGAUCAUUUUGCCCUAGAAGGUUUAUUUAAGCCCCAGGAGAGACCCUUGUUAAGCAGUCACAGGAUCAUAUAAUGUAGUGCUGAUUUUUCUCAUAUAGCAACUACUGAAUUAAAAUUAAACGGAUGCACGUUCUGUUUAUUGUUAUUGUUGGUGCCAAGCAGUUCCAUCCUGAUCAUGUUUUGGAUUUUCAACCUGAAAAGCAGAACCAAUGUAGCAAUGUUGGGUUGCAGAAUCUAAACCAACUUUUGUUAUGAUCACUUUGGCCAUCCCUUGUUUUUCUGUUUUUUAGUAACUUUCUUGUUUACUCACAUGUUGGUAGCACCAGAAGUAACAGAAGAUGAUAAGCACCACUCAAUGAUAGAGAAUGGGUCAUAAGGUUGCUUGUCUUCCAUGUUUGCCCAUUUGGACCCCACCUGUACUUCCAAUUCUGUUUUGCAGAUUCAGAUAUAGGCUACCAAAAUGAUAUAUAAAAAGGAUUCCCCUACCUGGUGCAAAUCAAUGCACCUUAAUAUCCAACACUCAUAUUUAGUCCUUUCUGCUAUAUUAUAAUGGAGUCCAACACAUCAGGCUUCUUUCUGAAUUCUUCAACUCUUCACUCAGUUAACUAUCAGGCAAAGGAAGACGAUGGUAUUAUCGAUCUGGGUCUUAGUCUCAGAACCUUGCAACCUGAAGCUUAUCAUCCAUCAGGACAUUUCAUGAGUCAGGAGGGGUAUGGUGAACUGAUGUCCUGGCCUCAAGCAAAUCCGUCGUUGAAACAUUCGAAUUCAGGAUAUCAAGGAAUUACACAAGAAGAAUGUGAUGAGGAUGCAGAGGGGGUGCAAAGCAAAGAAAAUUGGGCUUAUGUAAAGGUAAACAUGGAUGGGGUAGUUGUUGGCAGGAAAAUUCGCAUACUAGAUCAUGGUGGUUACUCCAGCCUUGCAAUUCAACUAGAAGACAUGUUUGGAAGACAUUCUGCAACUGGGCUAAGGCUGUUCCAGCCAGGCUCUGAAUUCUGCUUGUUUUACAAGGACAGGGAGGAGAACUGGAGGACUGUUGGUGAUGUCCCUUGGAAGGAGUUUGUGGAAAGUGUGAAACGUCUAAGGAUUGCACAAAGAAAGUGAGCCUGGUCUACCAUGUUCAAGUCGUAUUCUUAUCUCUCUCUCUCAUGGUCAGGGAGCAUUCCUUAGGAUUGCUAUGAUUAUGAGGUGAAACUAAUUUUCAACUUUGAUCUUGAAAAGAAAGAAGGCAGAAUCAGCCAAUGCUAAUUUUAUGUUUGAAACAAUCUAGUAAUACAUUGUGCUAAAUCUAUUUAGUCUGUAUUUCUCAGUUACCAUCUUAUUAUAAUAUAAUCGAGUGCAUAUCUGAUUCAAAUCUUGAACUUGCA